AUGGCGAUCAAGCAGCUGCCUUCUCGCGCGUCGUUUCUGCACUUCACUCGCAUCUCCCAGCCGCGACGAACGCCAAGCGCAAAAUUCAACCAAAGGCGUCACAAUUCCACAUCCACAUCCACACCACCAUCGCCGAGCAAAGACACAGCCAGAGACACGACAAUCAACCCUCUCCUAACGACCUCCCCACCAGCACCACAGCAUCUCCCCGAGGUACCACUACGGGCGCCCCCAAAACCACGACCGCGCGGGAGCGAUCGGCAAUUAUACCUCGUCACGCUCGCAUUGCUUCUGGUGACGCCACCGAUCGUGUACUUUUACUAUGAGCAUCGCAAAGCUCAUAUGGGGAAGAAAAAGGAGGAGCUCAUAAAGUCACUGGAGCAGAAACGGCAGGCGUGGAUCGCGCAGAAUCGAUGA